UUGAUUAUUUUGGGCAACACUGAUCUUUAAAAAAAUAUUGCUUUUCUUGCUUGUUUUUGUGUUUUUUCAUUUUGCAAAUAUAAAUCUAGUUUAUUGUUUUAUUUAUUCUGGAUAGUGAGAACACAGAGACAAAUACAAUUAUUUAAUAAUAGAAUGUCCCGUGAUCCCAGAAAAGAGUAUUACAGAGACCGGGAUCGUGAUUGGGGACGUUCAGAUUACCGGAGUCGGCUUCCGAGGAAGCGGUCUAGAUCAAGAACUAGAAGUCCAAACAACCGAGACCGCAUUCCCGAUAAGCGACACAGCCGUUCCCCAAGGAAGAACGAAAAGGAAAUCACGGAUAUUCUGAUUGAAAUAUCUAAACUUCCAGAACCAAGUGAACUGUGGGACGGCAAUCAGUUUCAAGAAGGCAAUUUCGCUGGUCCCCCUCAACCGUCGUAUCCGUCUAUCCCACAAGAGGGUGUUCCAAACCCUCCAUACGGGUCGAACUAUCAACCACCGUAUUCGGGGAUCUACGACGACUUCCCACCAGUAGCGUCGGUGCCACAGUCAGCUCAUCUACCGGACAUGGCAGCGUGGAAUCAGAUGUCUUUGCCACCUCCCCCACAGACGCCAAUGCAACCGCCCAUCGUUCAGUUCAAUGUUGAGGAUCAGAUUAAAAAAGAAGCCGCAAUAGAGUCGGAAAUGCGCCAUCAAAAAGCCGCCCUGUCUAAGCAACGCGAAGACUACAUAAAGAAGACGUCGAUACUGAAAAAGGAACUAGAAACAUUGAAGGAGCAACGCAACGAAUUGCACGGUGACUCUAAACGUUCUCCCAGCCCGGACACCAAGAGGUUCCUUAAGGAGAACACGAAGUUGCAGUUGGAGAUCCAGAAUAAGCUGAAGACUAUCAACAAUGUGGUGGACAUGCUGAACGGUAUUAUCGGCGAGGAAGCCCGCGACAUACCGGAAACCGAUGACACUGAACGCCCAUCCAAACGAAAGUCCAGGUCCCCUUCCAACCCGAAGUUCAACUACGUGUACUAUGACCCGGAGAUGCACUGGUGCCGUGUGUGCAACGAGUUCCCGCCCACCGCUAAGGAUUACCUGAACCAUCUGCAUUCACCGUCGCAUCAUAAGAUGGCGGCAGCACACAUGGAGGCGCCGUGGCACACCGUGACUGGCGUCAACGAGGGCUUCCCCAGCUACCCGGCCGCGCCCACCAAGCGUACGCCCAUCAGAGGUUUACAAUUCUUCGUUCCAUCCACGGCGUGGUACUGCAAACUGUGCGAUCAAUUCAUCGGGGACCUCCACUGCGCCUCCGCUCACCUCAAGUCUAUAGUGCAUUCCAAAAAUUAUAUCAAUUUUGUAGAGCAAAAUCCACAUUGGGAAACCGACUGGAUGUCGGACCGGCAGAAGGCCUUCGAAAAAUCCAGAGCCUCGAAAGUAAAGGCCGAAGACAAGCCCCAGUACACCGCUCACACGAUCACAUUCAGCAAAGACGGCUUCCACACGAAACGCAAAGAUAGUCCCACGCCUCCAUCGGAGGAGAAAAAGAAGAAGAAGGACAAGAAGAAAAAGAGUAAGAAGAAGAAGAGCAGCAGCAGUAGCUCGUCGAGUAACAGCAGCAGUUCAGACAGCGAGCCCGUCAGAAAGAAGAAGAAAUCAAAAAAGGAGAAAAUAUCGGAACCGGACGACAAGAGACUGACCGAGUGGAUGUCCUCCAUACAGAUGGAGAUGUUGAAUGAUAGCGAUAGAGAACUCCUGCAGACGCUCAAGAGCAAAAUGAAAUCCGACAAGCGUGACGACAAACGCCGUUCGCCGAGUCGGCAAGAGAAGGAGCGAUACAUCGCUGAAAUACAAAGGAAGACUAGGGAAUCUGAAAGACGCGAAACCCGCGUCCGCGACGAGUUGCGGCGACGGGACGACCGCCGCGACGACAGGAGAGAGGAGAGGAGAGAUGAUAGGAGAGACGAAAGGAGAGAUGACAGGAGAGACGAGAGGAGAUCGGAGUCGCACAGCCGCAACACACCGCCGCGGGACACCAAGAAGCCAGAGGUUAAGAAGAUGCCCUUCAUUGGUAAAAUGCCAGUAUAUAAGCACUUAGGCAAGAACACAAAGUUGGAGGACCACAAAAAAGGGGAACAGAAGAAGAAAGAAGAAGAGGGAGUUGAUAAGAAGCGUCGUGAGGAGAUGGACGCUGAAAUACAGAAGAAGGUGGCGGAGUUCAAGGAGAAGAUAGCGAAGGCGCAGCUGGAGCGCGAGCAGCAGCGCGCCGAGCUGCCGCCGCCCGCCCUCGCGCUGCCCGCGCAGCUCGGCGCGCUGCUGCCGUCCUACGCGGCACCGGCACCGGCACCAGCAGCGGCGGCACCAGCACCGGCAGCACCGGCAGCACCGGCACCAACACACGCCGCCGCGCCCGCAUCUAAUUUGCAACCGAGCCUUCCCAAAGACUUCCAAGACGCCCUCGACAUCAUAUUCCCGACGGAAGUGAAGCCCGACUUGAACCAGCCGGAUCUAUUCGCGAUGUCCGGGCUCGGAUUCCCCCUGGGAAUGCCUCCUUUCCCGGGCCUGGGCAUUUUGGGUCAAGCGCCCAUGCCUCCAAUGUUCGGAUUCGAUCUCAACGCCCCCAUCUUCCCUCCAAGGCCUCAGUUGUACGAUACCCAUGUACCACUAGUACCUGCUCAGCAAAAACAGAGACCUAAUAAAAAUUACAAGAAUACAAAACAGGGAAAUAAAGCGGCAAAUAAUAAACAACAAACUAACAGUGCGCCAAAGACAGAGACAAUGAUGAAGAGAGAGAAUGAGGAGAAUGGUGAUAUUGCGAAGAAGAAAGAAGAAAUGGACGAUUUAGCAAUGUUAGGUAUAGACGCGUCUGACGUAGGAGCUGGAAUGUAAAAUUAGUGCUGAGUUUUGGACAUUAAGUUGUUAGUUGUAAAGAAGGAAGACUGGUUCGUGCAUGGACAAGAAAUUGUGAGGCUAGAAGGGCCAAGUUUUAUGAACUACACAUUUGAACUUCAGAGUGGAUAGGUUGAAAUGAUGAAAUUAUGGAUUAAACGUAUUCUGGUUGAUAUAUAAAGCAUAUCUAAUUCUUUCAUGUUUUAUAUUUUAUUGUUUUGGAAAUAGGAUUUUUGACUAUUGUUUUAAGUUGACGGUGUACCAAGGGGAUUUUUUUUUAAUGGGUGAUAAUGGAAUGGUAACCCCAUCCGCGCUAACGGUAUACACCGGCGGGUCACCAGUGACAGAGGAUAGGUGAGGGUGAAGUAGGUCAGUUAGUCCAUCGUGACGAAUUCAACAAGAAUUGUUCACGAUGGUUUCCAGGGGGAACCACGCGGAGGUCGACCUAAUAUGGCAAAUUGCUAACAAUGGGGCUGUCAAAAUCCAUUGCUAACAAUCCCUUUCCCCCCAGUACCAAGGGGUUACGUGAUUGUCCCAUCGUGAGGUAUUCACCAAGAUUUAAUCAUGUGGUUUCUAGUGGCAAUGCAUAGAGGGAGAUCUAACAAGAUAAAUUACAUGCUUGUAAUCGUAAUUGAAUCCCAAUUCGUUUAUAAUGCAAAAUGCAUGAAAUAAUCAAAACUUUUACAUAGUUUUGUCUGAAUAAGUGUCUGGAUUCGAAGUUUUCGGGCCAAAAGAGUUGACAAAUUGAGUUUUACUCUCCUACCACUAUAUAACAGGAGAGUAAAAUUUGAUUUGUGUUCAAAAAAUCGGUAAAAUAGUGUGAUAUCAUGCUGUGUGUGUGUAUUGAAAGUGACCUUUUUCUAUAAAACAUUUUACAAUGUAAGCAAUAUGUGUAGAAUUGUGAUAAUCGUUAGAAUCAUAUAAAAAAAACUAUAAUAUAUUACACCUCUGGUCGACUAAUCAUAAUUAUGUACUUUUUAUUUUGAAAUUUAAUCGAUAUUUUUAUGUAAUUUUCUUUAAUAGUAAAUAAUUGGAAAACAUAUUCUUAUAUAUAUCGAAAAAGUUGUGUUUGCAUGACUGUGUUUCGGUUUGAAGGGAUAUGGCAGUGAAUUUACAGGGUACAGAGGAAUAACACCUGAGUCCUCAGGAAUGGCAAUGCAUGGGGGGUAUCAUAGGCGAAACAGUAUACUCUGUUAUGUCCAUGGUACCGCUUAUGUCUAUAGGCGACGGUUACCACUUUCCAUCAAGUGUACCGUCAGUUUGUUUGCCAUUCUAAAUUGUAUAAAACAAUAAAGACAAAAACAAUUAGUCAUGAAAAAUGUACGGCUGAAGUGAUACUUUUUAUAUACUAAAACUAAACUAGAUCUUAGCCAUGGUCCUAACAUAGAAUAGAUCACCCUUCCUUUCCUACGGGUGUCGUAAGAGGCGACUAAGUGAGGGCGAGGGAUGGGCAGCAGCGUGCCUCUUAAAACAUUUCUAAAGGCCUAACUGCAGUUGCCUACCCGUCUGCUAAAGAUGGCAACUACUAGCAACCCCCCUCCCCCUCCUUUUGGGGGAGGCUUAGUUCAGCAGUGGACAGUUUAAGGUGAUACAGCAAACUAGAUCUGCAUUUUUAUUCCAUUGACAAUCGGUAUGUGAAUUAAUCACUAAGAGCCAAAGCUAAAAUAAGUUAUUAUUUCCUGUUUAUACCUACAUUUACAUUACAUGUACAUUUUUUUUAUUGGAUGAAAAUGGAAUGAUAACCCCGCCUACGCUAACGGGAUACGCUGGCGGGGCACCAGUGAAGGGUGAUAGAUGAGAAUGAAAACAGGCCAGUUAGCCCAUCAUGAUGAAUUCAUUAGGAAUUAAUCAUGAUAGUUUCCAGGGGGAAACGCGAGGAGGUCGACCUGAUUGGGUAUAUUGCUAGCAAUGGGGUUCUCAGUCUCCAUUACUAACAAUCCCUUUCCCCCCUUACAUGUACAUGUGUUUAUACCUACAUGUAUAUUUCUUUAUAUUUCCUUCAAUGGUUUCUAUCACUGAGACAUUUCAUAGCAAUGUAUUUUUAUAUCAAUACGAUUAAAUAAGUGCCCAAUUUUAUUUUGUUUAAUUCAAUAUAAAUAACUAGUAUAUUCUUUUUUGUUUUAAUAAAUAUUAUUAAUACGUA